AUGACAAAGAAACAAAACACAGUUCGCUUCAUUUCUUCUCACCAUUGUCUAAUAACUUUCGAGCUUUUGAAGCUAGAGACUGAAGUGAUGGAGAUUGCAUCAGUGACUUUCUCUUGUCCAGCGAUUUCAACGCCUCGUGUUUGUAGGAUCAAACCUUUUGGCAUAAACUUCAAUACCGAUCAUAGAAAGAGAUUUUCUUGUCGAGUAAACACGACAGCUAAGGUCGUGGACAGUGAACUUGACUUAGAAUACAAGAAACACGAUCUACUGAGAGCUGUGACUGUUGAAGGGUUUAAUGGUGGUGAAGCCAUUGAUCUAAUGAAGUUAGAUGGAACAUGGAGGCUACAAUAUACAUCUGCACCUGAUGUUGUUGUUCUCUUUGAAGCUGCUUCAAGAUUUCCCUUCUUUCAGGUUGGUCAGAUCUUUCAGAAGUUUGAGUGCAGAGAUCAAUCAGACGGUGGGAUCAUCAGGAAUGUUGUUCAGUGGAGUGUACCAAGCUUGUUAGAGGAGCAAGAAGGUGCAACACUUGUUGUUACUGCAAAGUUCGAUAAGGUCUCUAGUCGAAACAUCUACCUUCAGUUUGAAGAGAUAAGUGUUAGAAACAUUAAUAUCAACGAGCAGGUUCAAGCUCUUCUCGCACCUGCAAUUCUUCCACGCUCAUUUUUAAACCUUCAGAUUUUGCAGUUUAUACGUACUUUCAAUGCUCAGAUUCCAGUAACCGCAACUAGUCCAGGAAGGAGAUCUGUAGGUGGAUUGUAUUACCUCUCUUAUCUCGAUAAUAACAUGCUCUUGGGACGAUCUGUUGGAGGUGGAGGAGUCUUUGUCUUUACUAAAUCUCAACCCCUCGAGCUGUGA